AUGCUCUCCAGUUUCGAGGAUUUCCACCAACAAGCUCUGAGACGAGCUAUAGGUAGAAAACUCCUAAAAGAAGGAGAAUUCAUAACAUUGAUAGUUGAGAUCGAAGCGCUACUUAAUACCCGUCCGUUAACUUACGUUGAGGAUGAGGAAGAUGAGUAUGUUUUUCAUCCAAUAAAGACAAAGGACAAACUUGUCGAAUAUUGGAAUAAUACUCUUAAGACAUUGGACGUGUUUUGGAAAGUUUGGAGAGACGAAUAUCUAACAAGUCUCAGGGAAAGAACACAAAGGGAAGUAGUUUCUCCCAGAUUAGUCGAAAAUAGAGAGCCACGUGAAAACGAAAUUGUCUUAUUAGCUGAACCAAACAUCCCGAGAGGUAUUAUUCGAAGAGCAACAGUACAAUUGCCAAAUGGAAGACAAGUAGAACGUUCCGUAAACCAAUUAUGCCCCAUGGAAGUAAACGAAACCUGCGAAUUAGAUGAAACUGAAUCAGAAAGAUCAAUUACUAGCAGAAUCCAAGAAGUUAUUGACUCAUCAACCAAUUAUAAUAAGGCAAAGGGAAAGGAAAUUGAGCAAAUCUGUCGCAGAAGAUUAUCUUGGUUACAACUACUAUCGACGGGACAAAUAACGAUGACAACAAAUGAUUAUAAAAUUGCUCAGCAAUUACUUAUCCGGCAAGUACAGUCGCAAAGCUUAACAAUGGACGAAAAGGAAAAAUGGAGUUUAUUUACAAGAAGCCCCGACAACCUAUAG